UCUCCGUUGCUACCGUCCUGUGCCCCCUCCCGGUUGGUCAGCUGACCGUCGGUGGGUCUGCUGACUGUCAAACCCCUGAAUCUCUCACCGUGACCCGGACACCAGCAUCACCAGGCCGAGCCCGGUCUCUUUGUCACGGUUACCUGAGCCCGUGGCCCGGAUUGGCACCUGACGUGCUCCGCCGUCAGCGGGAUCGUUGGCCUAAACCAAGACGAGCUCAGCGCAGAGUCGGACCUUCUCAUUCCGCUUCUCCGAUCGAUCCCACUCCGAGGCCGGUUAGCUGGUCGACUCUACCGCGAGCCCCAGUGACCCCUCAGCCGGCCCCCCGCCCGGCAGCCCCCGCUGACAGCCAUGGCCCUGCUGGACCUCGCCAUGCAGGGACUCGCCGUGUUCGGCUUCAUCCUGUUCUUCGUGCUGUGGCUCAUGCACUUCAUGUCCAUCAUUUACGUGCGUCUCCAUCUCCACAAGAAACGGUCGGAGGUCAAACAGUCCUUUGUGCAGCUGGCAGGAGUUUCUCUGCUGAAGCCGCUAAAGGGCGUCGACCCAAACCUGAUCUCCAACCUGGAGACAUUUUUCACUCUGGAUUACCCUAAGUAUGAGAUCCUGCUGUGCGUUCAGGAUCAGGACGAUCCAGCUGUUGAUGUCUGUAAGAAGUUGUUGGGCAAAUAUCCCAACGUAGACGCUCGAUUAUUCAUCGGGGGGAAGAAAGUUGGAAUCAACCCCAAGAUCAACAACCUGAUGCCAGGCUACGAAGGAGCCAAAUACGACCUGGUCUGGAUCUGUGACAGUGGCAUCAGAGUGAAACCUGACACGCUGACAGAUUUGACCAGUCAGAUGACAGAGAAGGUAGGAUUGGUCCAUGGUUUGCCAUAUGUUGCCGACCGCCAAGGCUUCGCUGCCACACUGGAACAGGUUUAUUUUGGGACGUCUCACCCUCGUUCCUACAUCUCGGCUAACGUGACAGGGAUAAAGUGCGUGACAGGGAUGUCGUGUCUGAUGAGGAAGGACGUGUUGGAUCAGGCCGGCGGAUUGGUCGCCUUCGCUCAGUACAUCGCCGAAGAUUACUUCAUGGCUAAAGCCAUUGCUGACAGAGGCUGGAAGUUCUCCAUGGCAACACAGGUGGCGAUGCAGAAUUCAGGAUCAUACUCCAUUGGCCAGUUUCAGUCCCGCAUGAUCAGGUGGACGAAGUUGAGGAUCAACAUGCUUCCCGGCACCGUGUUGGAGCCUGUGUCCGAGUGCUUCCUGGCCAGCCUCAUCAUUGGCUGGGCUGCUCAUCAUGUGUUCAGGUGGGACAUGAUGGUGUUCUUCAUGUGUCACUGUCUGGCCUGGUUUAUAUCCGACUACAUCCAGCUCACCGGAGUCCAGGGCGGCUCCCUGUGCUUCUCGAAGCUGGACUUCGCUGUGGCCUGGUUCAUCCGAGAGUCGAUGGCGGUGCAGAUCUUCCUGUCGGCUCUGUGGGACCCGACCAUCAGCUGGAGGACCGGACGUUACCGGCUGCGCUGCGGCGGCACUGCCGAAGAGAUCCUCGACGUCUAGUUACCACGGUAACUGGCUGUGCCCUCGUCCUUCUCUUCCUCGUCUCCACGAUCAGACGAGGACGAUGAAGGAGAGAAAGAGACUGAUGUUUAUUUGUUUUUGUUUUUUAUGAGAAAAACUGAAGCGUGUGUGUGUUUGUGUGUUUUUAACUAUUUAUGUUCCUUUUGGUGCUAAAACGAAAUGAUGCCAGAACAAGCCAAUGAGAGCGCAGGAAGGAAGGACGAAAGGAAAGGUGACGCAUCGCACUGAAUCUGAUCUUUGAUUGGACCAGAAGAACAGAAAUUGAGAAAAAAUCAGCCAAUGAGGAGAGAGGAGUUCAAAUUCUAUCUCCUCAUUGGCUGAAUUUUCAGUUUUUUCUUUGUCGGCUUUUCCUGUUGGGUUUUCAGGAACCAGGGACCAGAUUUAGUUUUUGGAUCCACGUCAGUCCUUGUUCUCAGGGUGGGACUUUGUGGUGGUUCAGUUCUGUUGUGGUGGAGUUUGCACGGCUUCUGCUCGCGGUGCCUAAAGAGACUCGCUUUGGUUGAAGAGGUGAAUUUUCUGCUCGAGUCAGAUUCCAGGAAAACGAUCUGUUGAUCUGUGCAGUUUAAAGCAGGAGUGUUCAACGUUUUUCAGGCCAAGGACCUGAAACUGAUGGAGAGAUGGAGCAGGGACGCCCCCCCCCCCCCCGCCUCGCUAAAAUGUUCAAUUCAUGUUAAUGUUCACGACCCCCCUGCAUUACCUCCGCGGACCCCCUAGGGCUCACGGACUCCCUGUUGAAGACCUCUGGUUUAAAGGUUUAAACAGGUGUCACUGCGAUCAGCCAAUGAGAAGAGAGAAUGGAUUUCUUCUAAAUGACCUGAUGUUUGACUGAAAAACAAAAAAACGCUGCUUCACUAAAGAUAAAAAGAAAAGACGCGAUCGUGAAACUGGUCUCGUCAUAAAAGAGACAUUUGUAACGGAACUGAACAAAAAAUGCCUCAUUACGAGAGCUGAUGUGAUCGGAUGUUUAUUGAGUUAUUAAAAUAAUUACAAGAACUUUAUUCAGUUAUUUGGGACAAAAUAAUUUUCAUAAUUAUGGAAUAUUUUGUGAUUAUGAAACAUCUCAUAAUUAAAAAAAACUUUGUCUUGUGACAUUUUUUCUUGUAUUUAUUACAAGAAAAUGAGUAAUUAUGAGAUAAGUAAUCAGUAGAUUAAACAUGUUAAUUACAAAAAGUCUCAGUAUUUUGUCUAUAGUGAAGAUGCUUCUGUCCCACAAGACGUCGAAGUGACGCAGAAAAGAAGCAGCUACAACAACAGCAGCAGCCAAUGAGAUCAGAGAAUCUUUGAUUAGUGAAUCUUUUUUUGGGGGUGGGGCUUAAACUCUUCCCCCGACAUAAAAGACGUCAACACGAUCCAGCACUGAAUUAAUUCCAGUAUUUUGUGAUGUUUAAUGGUCACAUUUCAUUUCAUUCACAAAAAAACAUCGGACCAAAACAAAAAAAUUCACAUUUCUGAACGUUUUUUUGUUUUGAAGAGUCUGACACUGUCCUCUGUGUGUGUGUGUGUGUGACAGAGAGUGUGUGUGUGUGUGUGGACGAUCUCGGGUGUUUUCUAAACCCGCAUUGCUUUACUGUUAGCUGUUAGCCGUUAGCUGUUAGCGUAACCACAGGCGGUUUGGUUGAUGACAUCAGAGUCGGACGAACCCCUGAUGCUGUCGUCCAGUGAGAUCAGUAUGAUUCUUAUUUGUUUUUUUUUUUGUAAUGUUGUUGAUGCUGCUGACGUCUGCAGCUGACGAUUGUCAACACAGGAGCGAUAAAAUAAAGUUUUAUCCUUUCAAAGAU